AAAAAUCUUUUGAAAAUGCACAUUUACUUUGUUUAUUUAAUUAACUUGCUAGUUCUAUCGACCACUUUCAUAUACGCAUUUGCUAUUGCACCAGAAAAUGAAAAAGUAGAAAUUUAUGUGAUUUUUUCUUUAGUAAUGAUUUUUUGUCAAGUAUUGUAUUACAGUAUCUACGGAGUAGGAAAAAAAAGGGGCUAUGAAGUAAUACCCUAACUUCAAAUAAAAUUUUUUUUUUUAAUUUACUUAUUGUUAUACUUGCUUCAUAUUGAUAAAUUAUUU